GAAGUUGUUCUCAGCGGUAUUGCACAACAAGGAUUGUUAAAGUGAUUCAUUGUCCCCGGAUUGUAGAGAACUUUUUUGGAUCUGCAUGGUUCGUGAACGGUGUGAAGAAGAAUUUAUAUAUUCUGAGAAUUUCUUAAUACUAAUGCCGAACACGGUUUGCACAUUAUCAUGGGCUGACCAUGGCCGGGCCAGGUCAGUGGUGGAAGGACCCAUUGUCACAAGAUAUCCACAACAUGCUUAGGGUGAAGGAAAAGAAUAUCCCCACGUACUAUGGACUCAGCCCACAUAUUUUUUCACGGACGUUUCUAGUGGAUUGGUUGGCCAUCAUCCGUGAGAAGCUGAACAUUCAGCAGACAACGUAUCACCUGGCAGUUCACCUGCUGGAUUAUUACAUGGAAGGUGUUUUUGAUUUGAAGUACAGCCAGCUUCACCUAGCAGCUUUAACUUGUCUAACUAUUGCUGCUAAAAUAGAAGAAUGUUGUGACCAUGUGCCAGGUGUGGAGGUACUGAACUCAUUCAUCCCUCCUCCCAUGAAGCCAGGACUCCCUUCCUUCUACCACAAGUCAGAGUUCCUGGAGAUGGAACUUGCUAUUCUGAACUUCUUCAGAUGGAAUGUGAUUAAACCAACAACAGCGCACUUUGUUCCUUACUACAGCAGCAGCUGUGUCGCCCCGGGAGACCUGUAUGAGGGAAUCCCCAUACAGUCUACAGAAGCCAUGACGCUCUAUGUGAACAACUACGCAGAUUACUUCAAAGACAUAUCAUUACAGUAUCAUAUGUUCCGGAGUUACUCCCCAUCUAUGGUUGGGGCAUCAUGCAUUGCCGCCUCACGGGUCUGUCUACAGCUGACCCCCACCUGGCCAGCCAGGCUGGACACCUUGACUGAGUACUGCCUGGAGGAACUUCUUCCAUGUGUCCAUGCUAUGCUCAGAAUCCAUGACAAGGAUCUGAAAGGUGGCUCCAGGAAAACGCCUUGAAAACACUUCGUCAUUCAUCAUUUUUCUUCACCUCAAGGAGUUGUUUAUUUAUUGGGUGAAUCUCAACCACAAAGUUUAUUUUGAGUCAUAAAGAUGACCUAGUCUUUCUUUUGUUUCUUUUUGUUUGUUUGUUUUUGUGAGCAUUUUAACAUUUUCGGCCAAAACUGAAACCUCUUUUUAUUACAGUUAUAUACUUGAUGUAAAUGAUUUUUUUAUGCAUGUUAAAAUAUGUUUUUAUUAUUAUAUGCCAAACAAUUGACUUCAUGUAAGUAAUGUUACUGAUAUAUACUAGUCUAGAUCGUUCUCGUUGUUUCCAAGUUGAGUAUAUUUAUCUUGAGGUCAUCUUACAUGAAAGCUAUAUAGCAUUUUGAUUUUUCGCAGGCCCCUACUUGUUUGGUAAGUUUCUACAUCUGUGUUAAUUAAUGAAGUUCUGAGUCUUAUUUGCGUUUGUUUAGUCAUCAUUUUUUGUUAAAUAAUAAUCAUUUUUUGGGGUAUACCUAUGAUAUUUUUUCCUAGAAACACUCAUCAGACUUUUUCAAUAACAUGAAUGAAACAUAUAUACUGAUUAAAAUCAGACCAAAGAGGACAUCCUACUGUUUCUGAAUUAAGUAGAUAUGGCAAAUUAUACGUAUCAUUUUUUAAUAACAUCUGUUUUUUUCAUAACAAUAUGAACUGUCAGUGUUGGUUUUUUUUAUUUUGGGUGUAACUUACUGGUCACCACUUUAUCAUAGGAAUAAACUUUUCACAUUACAACCUGUGAUUGGCUCUUCCAUUGGAAAAACCAGGAUUCAAUUGUCACCUCAUGUUUCUUGUGAUCGGUAUAGUCCAUUUUUUUCUGUUAUCGAUUAAUUCGUUUCUGCCCAUAUGUUGUCAAAAAAUGUUAACAUUCUGAUGUCGGUAUCUAAAAAUGCCCUUUCAGAAGCACAUAAAGGCCUUUAAAAUGACAC